AAGGUGAUGAAAGGUUAAGUUUGAAGUUUCUUGAUUUUGAGGUUGAUUUACGGUUUGCAGGUUCCAGGAGUUUAAAUUUAGAAGCGAUAUGUAAUUGUGCCAUAUUCUGAUCAAAACAGAUUUUUAAAUUACGAGAAAAUCACGUGACAAAAUUUGCAAAUGACAGAUCUGUCAAUGCUUGCCCCCAUCCUACGUCAAACAGCAAGCAAAUGCUUUCGCUCCCUUGAGCAAAUCAGUGAAUCGCAGUCCGCGCUCGAGUUAGUUCAAAAUAGCAUUUCGCGAAGUAUGUGUUGAAACAGUGAACGAUGCAAGAACCUCGCGACCACUUAAAAAAUCGUGUUUAUUAUGCCGCCAAGGACGGCAUGUCCCUAGCCCUGUACGCUCUGCUGGUGGGUGCUAACAAACAAGAAGUGGAAGCCAUCCUCGACGAGAAGUUCGUCGAGGAUGACGGCCAGGAAUGCACCCCUUUGAUCGUGGCGGCGCGGCAGGGUCACGACAAGGUGAUGCGCAUGAUGUUGACCAAGUUUAAGCCCGAUCUGGAGAAAGAAGGCACCGUCAAGUUCGAUGGAUAUGUGAUCGAGGGGGCCAGUGCUCUGUGGUGUGCCGCGUGUGCAGGUCACUUAAACGUGGUAAAAACACUGGUGAAGGCCGGGGCUGACGUAAACCACCCCACAAAAUCCAAUUCUACGCCUUUGCGGGCCGCCUGUUUCGACGGUCGCUUGGACAUCGUCAAGUACCUGACUUACCACCGGGCUGAUAUUAACAUAGCAAACAAAUACAAUAACACCUGUCUUAUGAUAGCCGCGUAUAAAGGCCAUUUGGACGUCGUCAGUUUUCUCCUAGAGCAUGGUGCCAACGCGAACGAGAAAGCCCUUUGUGGGGCUACGGCCCUGCAUUUCGCCGCCGAGUGCGGACACCUUCCCGUCGUUAAAGAACUGUUGAAAUACAACGCUGUUUUUUCAACGAACGACUCGGGAAUGACUCCCAUUAAAGCGGCAGCGGAAAGAACCCGAGCCGAUGUGGUGGAAUAUCUCGUCGAAAGACCGGAAAUUAGUAAAGAGGAGCAGAUCGAAGCACUGGAAUUGCUGGGAGCGUCGUACGCCAACGAUAAGGAGAAUUACGACAUCGUCAUGGCUUACAAGUACUUGCACAGGUCAAUGAUGCUGAGGUACAGCGAUCCGGACAGUCCGGUCAAGAAAAAACUGAUAACUCCAAUUCCCGCGUACGAACACUGGGUCGAAUCUCAGACGGUUUACGAACUCGAAGCCAUCCAAAACAACCACAAUUCCAUCCAUAUGGAGGCUUUGACCAUUCGGGAACGAAUCUUGGGGUCGCAGAACCCAGAAGUGCCUCAUCCUGUGAUAUACAGGGGCGCUGUUUUCGCAGAUAAUGCGCGAUUUGAGCGGUGUUUAGAGCUGUGGUUGCACGCGUUGAGGUUGAGGCAGAAAAACCAUAUUUCGGUUGUUAAAGACUUGCUCAGGUUUGCUCAAGUGUUUUCGCAGAUGUUACACGUGAAUGUCAAGGUUACGUACGAUCACGUGGUGCAGGUUUUAGCGGCGGCUAUUACGGAGUUGGAGAGGAAUAAGUACAAGUUGAGCAAGCCGGGGCCCAAGGAUGAUCCUGAGACUGUGAUGGAGGAGCUUGAAAGUAAUCUCACUACGACUCUUUAUCUCCUGACAAUAUUAACAAAAUUACUCAAGGAGUGUUCAGAGGAGGAACGCUUCAAUGUAAAUCGGAUGGUUUUUACUCUUAACCAGCUUAAUGUAACGCUGAGAGACGGUCAGACGCUUCUGCACCUGGCGUGUAAUGCGGAGACACCUGUGGACGAUUUCCAUACUAACGAUGUGUGCAAAUUUCCCUGUGCUGAGACCACCCGACUGUUGAUAAAAUGUGGCGCUGAUGUGAAUGCCAUGGAUUAUGACCGUAAUACUCCCCUUCAUGUGAUUGUUAAUUACCAUAAGCCAAUUUCGGAUUUUUUGACUUUGCAUUCGAUCAUAACCGACUUGACCGAAGCGGGGGCGCAUUUAGAUUGUGUAAAUAAGAGAGGGGAAACACCGCUGGAAGCCUCGGCUACAGGUAGUAAGUGUUGUGUUGAUUGUGUGGCCGAGAUUAUUUUAAAGACUCAAAUGAAACUUAGUCUGAAGUGUAUCGCUGCCAAUGCUGUUAAACAUCAUAAACUCACUUAUCAAGGGCAAGUUCCUGAAGCUCUCGAAUCUUUUAUAGAGUUACACGGUCCGGGGAUCGUGAAGAAGGCCUAGUCAAUCGUUUUGUUAGAUUUUUUAUUGUAAAUAGCGUGCUUUUCCAAUUUGUUCUUUUGCUGAUUGUUUUAUUAGCUUUAAGUUGUAGAGUUGUUAAGCAAACGAACAAAUUGUUUUUGUCAUUUACCAAUAAUUGGUGUUAUUUUUUGAGACUGCUAAUUAGGAUUUUUUAUCAGAUUUUUAAUUGUACUUGUUAUUUGAGGCGUUAUUAGUAUGUCUCCUUUUUUGUUAUUUUUGUACAAAAUUGUGCCGUUCCUUCAAUUUGUGUCUAACCUCGUGGCUUUUCUAUGUUUAGGUUACAAAAGGCAAAGACUGCUACAACUGGACACUGAUAAUAACAUUAACAUUUCAAACCAAAAUUAUGAAAUUUUGGCGAGUGAAGCAACAAAUAAUUGCUUGAUUGAGCUUUUGGAAACAAGUGUUUUUAAAGAAAAUUUUAACAUUUAAGCGAAAAUUUGGCGGUUAUAGUAUUAUUUAUUUAUAAAGCCGAUUGAAAAUAGCAAUAAGGACGUUUAGAAAAUUUAUAGAAACGGCACGAGGAUUAGAUUUGUUUGCAACCUAACCUUUUCUGUAAUGUCUAAGUGACUUCCUUAUGAUUUUUAGGUGUAAUUUGUAAAUUAUCAAAUCAAGAUGGUGCAUAAUAGAGAUAGGGAUGAGACAAGAUAUUUAUAUUUUACUUAUGUAUUUUUUCUAUUCUGAAAUAAACCCAAGUGUGAUAUCUGUUA